GCGGAGAUUGGCCUGUCCUCAUCUCUGUGACUACUUCUUGUCUCAAUCAGUCACUGCGUGGUCUUCAUGGUUCUCAAACCACUGCACGCAGAGCCAGCCAUGCAAGCAACGCGGGCAUCCACUAUCAGUGUGUUUGCAGACUGCAGCAUCCCGACCGGCCUGCGGAUAGGACCGGUGCCGGGCAUCUUCAAACUAGGGAAAUACGUGACUGAUCGCAAAGAGGUCGUAACCAAGAAAAAGGUAAGCACCGUUUUUAUUAUCGCAUGAAAUAUGAUUUAUUCCUAAUUAUUUCCAUCUGCAAAUAUUCCUUUUUUACAAUUCUGCUUUUUGUAGAAUGAUUUUUGCAGGCUUCAGAAUUGAAUUACAAACUAUCGGAAGAAAAAAUUGUCGACAGCCCAUACAUACUGUGGCAUUGUUUUAAUUAUUUUCCUAUUUGAAUGACAAAUCAUUUGAUUAUUAUUAUCAUUAUCACUUUUAGGCCUAUAUUAAUACUCAUAUUAUUAUUUAUGUACAAGAUUAAUAAGAAUAAUGGAAACUUUAGGGGAAUCAUUCACCUAAUGAAAGAUAAAACUAGAAAAAUGAAUUUCGAAAACAUUAUUUUCUUUCUAUAGGACCUAUAUUUAAUUAUCAGGGCAGGUAAAGGGGACACAGUGAUCUUUUUUAACAUUUUGAACCAGACCUGUCAAAGUUCAUUGGGCCUUCGGUUAUUAAUUGGUUCGUGCUGUCAGGUUGGAAAUAAUUGAGUUAUAUUAGUGGGACGACUUGUCACUCUGUGCCUUUACAUAACCGCCCUAAUAGGGCAACCUGGGGUGUUGUGUGAGAUUUCAUUUCCUCGCCCGCUUUAAAUUUCUAGUAGGCUAGAUAUUCCAAUGAACCAUUUAAUCUUUAUGCAAUCCGGCCAUGGAAAGAUGCUAAGGCAUAAGACCACAGCCUCGAGCUAUAAAAUAAGAACAUGGAUAAGAAAUGCUAAAAUAUAGCCUAUAGAAAUGUAUAGAACAUCUAAAAUAACAUUCCUGCAACACAUAUCGUUCUUAAUACAAUAUGGAACUACCAGAAAUGGAUGCUAUUUCUAUUUUAAUUGAAUGUUUAUUCAUUUAUUUAACAUAAUUUUUUAUACAGGCUAAUUGUUUAUUGGUGAGUUUAUGGUCUUAAACAAACCAAUAGAUAAGUACCCUACAUUAAAACUGCAUUAUAAAUAUAGGCAUAGGCCUUCACACUGUUGUCGACGUUUGUGAUUGAUGCGACUAAAUGCAUCGCCCUGGGCUUCAUGUGAUGCAUCAGGUGCAAUCUCCGUGUCAAAUGUCACGCUUCAAUCUUUAAUUUGCUUGAACAGUUUAGAGACCCUUUGACACCUCUCAAAUUCGUUUCCCAUAUCAACUCAAUUAUGUGUCAUUCUCCCUGGUAAAUUAUCACCGCUGGUUAACAUAGCAGAUAAAGACGCAUUAAACGCUUUGGCACACAUCAAGGUAGGCUAUAGCCUAUCAGAUAGCCAUUGGGCAUAAUAACAAUACUAUUUACAAACGAUUAAUUCAAUAUUUAAUAAACCAAUAUUUCUAAAACUAAAGCCUUUAAUAUUGAUUUGUGCUAAGCCUAUACGAAAAGAAACACAAAGCUUUUUUUUGCUGCAAUUGCAGUCAAGCGUGACGUUGCAAUGUCAAAUAUGCAGCUCUGUUCAUGAUUUAUUCAUAAACUAUUAUAAGCUGCGGCUGCCGGCCUUUUAGUGAUCUAUGAUUUUAUCGAAUGUUAGGCCUUGUUAGCGUCAUUUCUAGCGUUGAACCAUCCAUGUUGUGGAUCUAGAUUCGGCUGCUGAGGGGAGAAUUCGUGGAUGAAUCAGGUUGCCCUGUGCCAGAAUGGAUUGGGUGUAUCCGGGCGGCCAGAAACAGUCAAGAACAGAACUUGGAGGCUGUCUCAGAUCUACCUGGUGGGCAGGUCAGUACUGUGCUUUAUUUAAAAAUGCAUAAAGCUCAAGUCAUUUGAUUAUUUUAUUGUUUUACACAAGCCGAAACAGUUAGUUGCAUGUAUCUAACGUUGCCCUUUGACGUUAGAUUUUCUAUCGUGUGCUGACGGAGAUCCCAGCAGGCGAGGAGCUGAGUGUGUGGUACUCCAACACUCUGGCCAGGUGGUACGACAUCCCUGCCACUGCCACUCCAACACACGACGAGAAAGGUAAGACAACUGUAGAAUGACCCUUUAAAAACGAUGAGAAAAGUAGCUCAAUCUGUAGCUCAAUUGGUAGAGCAUGGCGCUUGUAACGCCAGGGUAGUGGGUUCGAUCCCCGGGACCACCCAUACGUAAAAAUGUAUGCACACAUGACUGUAAGUCGCUUUGGAUAAAAGUCGUCUGCUAAAUGGCAUGUUGUUAAUAUGAUGUAUAUUUGUUUGCCGGUGGUUCAACAGUUUAUGCACGAUCGAAAUUCACAUGUAUCAUUAUGUGGUCUUGUCCAAACAAAAGUUUUAAUAGAAAUGGAUUAGGCUACAGUAUAGCCCUGCUGAUGCUGCUUACUGGCAUUGACAUUUUGUGAGUUCCAUCAUUGCACAGUUAAGUGACUGUCCAAACCUUGGCAUCCAGCUAUUAUAAUCAAUUUAUGUGGAAAGGUUGUAGGCCUAUAUUUUCACGGUUGACAAAUGUGCAUCCCCAGAGCAUACAUUUCGAUUCCGGGGUCAUUUGAUGGUUUUAUUUACAUUAAAAAGUUAAAUGGUCUUGUUAACUAAAUAGGCUUGACAGAAUUUCAUGUUAAACAAUUCAAUAAUAAAAUCGAAUUGUUUUUCAUCAUUUUAAAUGAAAAUGUGUAAAACAGACAGCAAUAGGCCCAACCACCACCUACUAGGCUUCGUUGUGCUAGUGUAAUAAACAGAAAAUAACAAUAAUAAUAAUAAUAAUAAUAAUAACUUUUCCCCAAAACAAUUCUCUGGAUAUUCAAACAGUGGCGUCGAUGCCAUAGGUUUAUAGGCCUAUCGAAUUAUAGCCUAAUCAUAAAAUCACCAGCGAAAUAAUCCAGUUUUAAUUAGAUUACACAUACCGCCAACUCAGGAAAAUUCGAUAACUGUGUUUAGAUUAAAUUAUAAUGCCUAGACACUCUUAGAAAAAACGGUUCUGGAUAGAACGAAAAAGGGUUCUAUGCUUGCUGCAUAUAUGGCACCCUUUAAGGUUCUAUACAGAAACGAAAUGUUGGUUCAGUGAAGAAGAACCCCUGGGGUUCUGAUCAAAGAACCCUACAAAGGGUUUCUAUAUAGAACCUUUAGGGGUGCCAUAUAUGAAGCAAGCAAUAGAACCCUAUUUGGUUCUAUCUAGAACCUUUUUUUCUAAGAGUGUGUGUAAUUACUCUGUCUGAGAAAAAUAGGGCAUGUGAAAUGGAGGGCAUGACAAUAAUUUUCAAGAUAUAGCCUACCAAAAUUAUAUUCGACUGUUACACUAAUUACAGUGACAGGCACAUGGAAUAAAUCCCGCAAUUUAAAAGCAGGAAUAGGCGUGUUUUAACAAUCAUCAAAGCAGACGAUAGUAAUUCAUAGGGGGACAGAGGUUAACAAAUGUCAUCGCCUCAUUAAUAUUAAUGUAUUCAAAAGCAAAUAAUUUCAAAAAAGGUGCUUUACGGUAAAUUAGCUGGCUACAUAAGGUAUUGUUGCCUAAUGAAUGCUAACUUUUAUGUGGGAUGUAUAUUGCCCUGAUUUGUGGCGAAGCACUUUCUGCUGCUCUCCGGCCAAUACAGCGUGCGCUCCUUGACAUACGUGUCCUAUUAUUUGGCGUUAACAGAUGGGCUAGCCUUAUUGUCUAUGGCGAUUUGCGAUUUCAAGCAACAGCUGCUGUCAUUUCCACGGGAAAGAGCACAGAGAAAGUCCCCCUAUUCAACGUAUUGGUUUCGGAGCGACAGAUUGGACGGGGCGUUUGCUCUUUUGAUGGGGAUGAUAAACAACAGCCCUAUAAGGAUUACAAAAUCAUUACAUCUAUAUAAUUGACCUCCUAUUGUUCAACUUGUGUCAUUGCUCACGUUUGAUGAGGUGGAUAGGGUUAAUAUACUCUGUCGCCUAUUCAAAACCUGAAUCCCAUUGGAAAUGAGUCGAUUCAUCUCAAGGGAUUUAUCCAAAACAUUUAAAUGGUAUAUGGAAAAGAUUUGCAUGUGGCACAAAAUAACCGUACAGUUUGAGGUUACUCUAAUAGGCCACUGGGAGCAUCUACAGAUGGAACAUCAGUCAUAAAGCACCAGAUAAUAGGCUUCUACACUCACAAAGCAAUAGAUAGAAAUGUGUAGGAACACAAAUGUUCAGGUUUGAAAGCGCUUUAUUGACAGAAGUGGGGAGAUUCGGGAAUAUGGAGACCCAUCGAUAUUAACCUCAUGUCUCUGUGCUUCUCUACAGGUGAAGAACGUUACAUUUGCUGGUACUGCUGGAGAAUAUUUAAAUAUCCCAACACACUCAAGGCCCACGUCCAUUUCCACUGCGCUCUGAGCAACGGGCGGGGCUUUGUGAACAGCGAGCAGGCCAGGGGCACAGACAGCUUCAGCAGGUCACCCAAAUCCGGGGACAUUCCCAACACCUCGGCCUCGCCCAGGAACGGCCACAACACCUCCAUCUCAGACUCUGUCAGACGGACCGUGUAUUCCUCACCCUUCCUCAACAAAACGGGGGUAGCAAAGAAACCCAGCUCUGAGGAGCAGGACAGAGCACUUGACAUGAGUGUUACCUCAGCCAGAAACCACGGACAUCUCAUGGGCCUUGGCGCAACGUCUUCAAUGUUGAGCAACAUGGGGUUCAACCCAGGUGUGCGCUCUGCAUUCAGGCCCAUGGGCCAAUCCAAGGUCCCCGUGGCUGACGUCUACAGAGAGGAAAGUAAUGGGAAAGCAUAAUGGACUAGGCUUCAGCAAACUCCUGGGGAACAUGAAAUCGACGCGAGCCCUGAAUGAACCUUUGACCGGAAGCCAUCCCUCCACAUCUCCCGUAGUCCCGUGCGCAAACGCCAUCAGGGGUUUUCCGUUAAUACCUAAUUUCGAGGAGACAUCGGCUUUUAAGCACGUGGAGAGCAGGAUGCACUCUGGACUGUCCCCCUCACGCUACUCUCAGAUGUCCUCUGGAUUCCAUUUUGAGAGGUUUUCUCUGCCUCAGUUCGAUGGCGUCAAGCCAUAUAAUGGAGAUUGCAAUAUCCCCCUCAUGCCAUUCACCGUGUACAAUGGCGAGCUGCUUUAUAGUUCACCCUACUACCCACUGAAAUUCCAUUUGAGCAAUCUCCUAAAAUACCCGGAGUCUAUGUCCUACUUUGGCGCACCUGCACUCAACCAAGACCUGGGUUCAAUAACCAACAUUGACAGGGAGAUAGCCAUGCACACUCAACAGUUGUCUGAAAUAGCCGUCGAAAAGAACCGAGCCAGGCUCGACUCUAUGCCCACUGCUAACACAGGCUCAGGGAAGCCCAAAAAGGGACACUUAUGUCUUUACUGUGGUAAACUGUACUCUCGGAAAUACGGACUCAAGAUCCACAUGAGAACUCACACAGGGUACAAACCAUUGAAGUGCAAAGUUUGUUUUCGGCCCUUCGGUGACCCCAGCAACCUGAAUAAGCACAUCCGUCUGCACGCGGAGGGGAACACCCCGUACAGGUGCGAGUUCUGUGGCAAGGUGCUGGUGCGCCGGAGGGAUUUGGAGCGUCAUGUCAAAUCGAGGCACCCUGGACAAACAAUAAAAAAAGCUGAGGACAAAACCGAGGGCAUAUUCGAGGAUCACGAGCAAAAGAGCGACAAUGACAGCGACGUUGAUGUAUGCUUCACCGAUGAUCAGAGCGACCAAGAAUCCAGUAAAAUAGAUGAUUGAGAUUUUGACACGUAUAGGGCUAUGGCAAAGACUGCACAAUGUUUUGUGAAAUGGUUAACAGGUUACCUGUACAGAUUUCUGUGUAAUUUAUGUUUCCCCAAUGAGUGAAAGUUAUUUAUGUAUGUUUUAAAGCUAUUGAAAAUGUAAUUGUUUUUUCUUUAUAAAAUCGAAUUAAUACGAGAUAAUUUUCCAAUUACUGCUGUUUCUUUUACAACAAUGUCCCUAUUUGUUUCAGAUGGAACAAAGUAUAGGCCGUAUGAUUUCAGAAUUGUAUAAUAUCAUAGCUGAUGAUAAUGCAUUUAUUUUUUUAUAUGCUAAUUGAUAGCCAAUAUGUUCCCCAAAUAGAGGUCCGCUGCACUUUAAAACAGUUAUGAACAAUUAAUUAUCAAGCCAUGUAGGUCAAGUGUUUAAACACUUAAAAUCACACUUACUACUAUUUUUUCAUUCAUUUGAAUUACAAUUACUUAAAUGUUGCACUUUCUUGCGAGGGCAUUCAAUUGUUUUAGGGCAAAGUUGAAAAGGGCAGCAAAUAUUUAUAGCAGUUAGUACCACUCCAUUAUUUAAGGAUCUUGUUUAUAGUAGGAAAUAACAUCUGAUUUAAACAGCAUAAUGUACAAAUGUAAGAAUAUGAUAUUUCACUGUUCAGUGAAAAAGUGUUGUACGUUUGUUCAUAAGUGAUAUUGUAUAUUGACAAUAUUUUCUUCUUGUUCACUGAGUUGUUCCUUUUUAAUAAAUG